GAACGCACCUCACUAGCUGUCAUGGCGUCUCCCUUGAAGGGGGUUCGGUGUUGCAGAAAGUAGUAGCUGUCAUUUGUCAUUUUCUCCGUCGAGCAGAGAAGCUAGCCCCCGCUGAAGAAGCUUGUCGGAGCGGGUACACACCAUGGGGGCUGUCCAUGCUAAGAGUCUGGAUACUCUCCCGAUGCAUGGCCGUGAUCUGGGAGUCAACCCUGAUGACUUGGUGGAGGCUCCAGAACCAGAGCAGGAGGGCAAACAGGAGAUCCUGGAAAACAAAGAUGUGGUUGUCCAACAUGUCAACAUUCAGGGUCUCGGAAGAACUAAAGAGGAUCUGCUUGGCUAUGAAAUCUCUGAUGUCUUCCACGCCAAAAACCUCAUUGAUGUGAUGAAAAAAGCUCACGUUGCCAGACAGAAGCUGCUCCGCCUGGGAAUCUUCAAUGAGGUGGAGGUUCUUAUCGAUACGACUGAAGGUGCAGACGCUCUGCCCAACGGUCUGGAUGUAACGUUUGAGGUGACAGAGAUCAAGAGGCUGACAGGAAGCUACAACACCAUGGUUGGCAACAAUGAAGGAAGCAUGGUGCUGGGUCUGAAGCUGCCCAACAUGCUUGGUCGAGCGGAGAAACUCACCUUCCAGUUCUCGUAUGGGACCAAGGAGACGUCCUACGGCCUGUCCUUCUUCAAGCCCCAGCCCGGACACUUUGAACGCAACCUCACUCUCAACAUGUACAAAGUCACCGGUCAGUUCCCAUGGAGCUCCUUAAAGGAGACUGACAGAGGCAUGUCCGCAGAACUCAACUUUCCUCUGGGGAUGACCAGCCACACUCUGAAGUGGGAGGGUGUGUGGAGGGAGCUGGGCUGCCUGGCACGAAGCGCUUCCUUCGCCGUGCGAGAGGAGAGUGGCCACUCACUGAAAUCUGCCCUCUCGCACACUGUGUCAGUCGAUUCAAGGAAUUCUGCCAUUUUCCCCAGCAGAGGUGCCUUACUCAGGAUAAACCAGGAGCUGGCAGGCUACACGGGAGGAGAUGCAAGCUUCUUGAAAGAGGAUUUUGAGCUGCAGCUCAACAGGCGUCUCUUCUGGGACUCGGUCUUAUGUGCUUCUCUGUGGGGGGGAGUGCUGUGUCCCAUUGGAGGACAGUCGUCCUGUAUCGCUGACAGAUUCUACCUCGGAGGUCCCACCAGUGUGCGAGGAUUUGGGAUGUACAGUAUUGGGCCACAAAGUGAAGGUGAUUAUCUGGGUGGAGAGGCAUACUGGGCAGGUGGUCUGCACCUCUACACCCCUCUGCCCUUCAGACCAGGCAGAGGCGGCUUCGGAGACCUGUUCAGGACCCACUUCUUUCUCAACGCCGGCAACCUCUGCAACCUCAACUACGGUGAGGGUCCCCGGGCGCACCUUCAGAAGCUAGCUGAGUGUAUUCGCUGGUCAUACGGAGCGGGCAUCGUGCUGCGCCUUGGAAACAUUGCCAGACUGGAGCUCAACUACUGCGUGCCCAUGGGAGUUCAGAGUGGAGACAGGAUAUGUGACGGUGUCCAGUUUGGAGCGGGAAUUCGCUUCCUGUAACCGCCUCACUCCUCUGAUCCCAGUCCUCCAGCAGAGGCUGUCCCGUGAAAAGCGAGAGAACUUCUUUUUGUAAUCAAUCGUAACUUGUAGAAUAUGUAACACUAUGUGGCUCCUGUGUCCUGGGGGAAAUGUGCCUGAGCCCCCGACCCACCUUAGAUAUGCCGUCCUCCUAAGGACAACGUUCCAGUGCUGGGCCACACAACCAGUGAACCUUUUUACAAACUGAACAUAACCAGAUCGAAGACUUAUUUAGAUGUGAUGACAACUGUGGCAGAAAUACAGUCACGGAGCACAUCUUACAGACUUUGUUUUUCAUUUGAGCCACUGAUCCUCUUUCCUUGGUUUGAAAUCUCCAGCACUGGCACAUUGUCUGUGGAAAAAUCAUGCACCAGGUACGGCACACACUGUUUCCAAUGAUGAUGCAAAGUAAAUGAUUUACUGCAAUGUUGAAGAGAUUGUAGGCAUGUUCCCCUUUUGCCUUCAGGACGCCUGUUCUCCAGCAGCAUGACGUGUCCGCCACACAUUCUGGUGACUUGUGUUGUGCUGUGUGAUUGAAUGAUUGUAGUAGCAGAGGUAAUGAACAGCGGUGUAGGAAACGAGUUGACCCUCAUGCCAAAGUGGAUUGUUCAAAUGUUGUCGUCACCCCCACCACCCUGAGCAACACCUACCACCAGUGCUCUUACCUUCAGUCCUCUUUUUGGUGUUGUUGAAGCUCUUCACAAAUAAAUCUCAAUUGCUCCCAUG